CAUUUCAUUGAUGUAAUGGUGUAAUUGAUAUCUUCUAAAAGGAAUCUUUUUUUCUUGCCCGAUUCUAAAUGGAAUUGACAUUAUCUGUUCUGUUAUGCCAUUUUGGAUUUUUUUGUUCUUCUUACUGGUGGUGGCAUUCUGUUUUAAUUUGUUUAUGAAGGUCAAGAAGCUUGAAAGGGAGAAAAGGUUGGAUGCUAUUGUAGAUCAUAACCUCAAUACUAAAUAUGACAUCCAAGAGGUGGAGAUGAUGAUUCAGGUCGCAUUGCUCUGUACACAAGCAUCACCAGAGGGCCGUCCAGCAAUGUCAGAGGUGGUGCGGAUGCUGGAAGGAGAGGGCUUGGCUGAGAGGUGGGAAGAGUGGCAGCAUAUCGAAGUUACUCGUAGGCAAGAAUAUGAGAGAUUGCAGGGGAGAUUUGACUUUGGAGAAGAUUCAGUAUAUCACCAAGUUCCCAUUGAAUUAUCUGGAGGAAGAUGAGGUAACAAAUUUCCCUGCGCAUCCAAAAUGCAUGUAACAUGCUUGCUCCUGGUCUUGCCAUAACCAUUCCUGGUUAUGCCCAUAACUAAUUGGUGAAGAGAAGAACAAACAAGAAAAUGUUUUCAUAUUUUGUAUGAUAUAUACAUUGCUUGUUUGUAAGAGCCCUCUUUUUAUGCCCUUAUUUGUUCAAUUAACGUCUUGUAUUUAUUUUUCUCAAAAUACCUCCACAUUUUCCUUUUAUGAUGGACAUUGUUCCUUGUUGAUCGAUCCUGUUUGGGUU